AUUUUGCUGGUUUCGAUGUUUAUUUCCCGGAGGCUGUAACGGCAUCGAGAUUUUCGACAAAAUGUCGAUCACUGAGGACACACUGGCCCAAAUAAUCUUCAAAACAUAUUAUUCAUUUCCUGAUUUAGUGAUCAACCGAUCGGUGACUGAGAUAUUUGAAAUUAUUGCUCAAAAUGAGACGAUUUUAAACGCUGUUUCUAGCGUUGCUGGUUUAGAGCCUGAUGUUAUACAGAAAACAACACAGACAUUCGUUCAUGUCCUCCCUUAUUGGAAAGCUUAUAGAAGAGCUAGGGAAAACGAAUCAAAGAAUGUCACGAACAGCACUGCAUGUAUGCCAGUACCAACCAAGGGAGAGUUUACCUACGUGUGCCUUGGACCAGCACUGACUAUCAUCCUGCUCCUGUCUUUCUUAAAACCACGAGCACAGACACUAAGAACAUGUGGCAUGCGGAUCAUCAGGCCAGGACUAUGCAUACCUCUCAAUCUACUGGAUAGUUACGAGAACCGACUUGGUUACGCAUGCGCAUUUGGUGCUACGGUCAACAGGUGUCUGCGCAUUCUGUUCUUCAGUGAUUAUUCAGAGAUAUUUGACGAGAGAGUCAUGAACAUACAAAGUGACCCGGCCACCCCCCCUUGGACUGGAAUGUUCUGGCGUAUUCUGGCCAUGUUUGUGAUUGGUCUCUCGUACUAUCCGUUCUUCGCGUGUCUCGCCACAGAUUACAAGAUUCUGGGAGGGGUCAUUGGGCUCCUCUACUCGGGGGCCUGGCUUGGCGUGAGCGCCUAUCAAGUGACGCAGUGUCCAAAUCGCUAUCUUUCAUAUAUUUACCCAGGGGACCUUCUGGCGAUAGACUUCCCUACACACAUUUGUUUGCUGAUCCUCACAAUUCACUUCCUUUACUAUGUGAUCCUCGAGCUGGUGAAGCGCUAUCGUAAAGCCCGAACUAUAACUUCUAAUGAGGCGGAAGAGGACGAUACGACCAGUUGCUACAAAUAUAAAUACGUACAAAGGCUACUGGAGGAGAUUCCUACAGAAAUAGACAGCUCUGGCGACAAAUCAACUGGAAGCCUGAAAGAAACUUUGAAGUCUCACAUAUACAAGUGGAAACCAGAUUUUAAGUACUCUACGAGAAUAGCGUGUACCUACACUGUGGGAUUGCUGGCGGUUUAUGAGAUUGCCUGCGCGUUCGUUGUUCUUGGAGGUAUAUUCUACAAAUACUCGCUUAACUACCUCGCCGAUAAUCCGAAAAUUCUAGAAGAUCUUGGUCUCACCGAUUACGCUGCAGAUUAUGAGAAGUACUUGGAAAUCUGCUUUGUCGCGUGGUACGUGGCGCUGGGCUUGACGUGCGUCAAGUGUGUCGUCCUCGUCGCCAACAUGUUAACGUGGUAUCGCACGCACGUCAUGUGCCUUCAGAAAGGAGAUAAAAGUUUUCUUCCAGCGGAUACCUUGAAAAAAACACCCUCGAAUAUGACGCUGGCUGGUUUAAAAUAUUCAGGAUACCAAGUAGCUUACAUAGCAUGGGCGUUCGUUAUCGCUCACUUCGUAAUAUUCCUCGUUUUGGCAAUUCUUGGAAUUGAAUUCAUCCAGCCUAUCGUCGAUGGAUCGAUGGACUCUCUGGUUUGGGCGCAAGUGCUCAAGAUCUGGCCAGCGAUCUUUGUGUCACUAAUGAUAAUUUUGAUACAAUUUCUACUCGCCAAGUUCGUAUUUUUGAUAGAUAACGGCUCUUAUUUGGCUUUGGACAACAGGCGUCUUUUCCAUAUUUGUACGUAUUUUUUAUUCUUCUUUAACAUCUUUCUCGGCCUUGCUUCGUGCCUGCUUCGUAUCAUCAUCGGCUCUGCGCUCGGGAUUGUCUUCCUCGCCCGGACACAGAAAAGUGUGAUCUCCCGAGACUACGAGGACAGAGAUCCCGGAUUCCAUGCGUACGUCGGCUAUCUCUACUUGGAGCAUACCCACUCGAACCCAGUCCUCGUUACUUUCUCUCGGUUGCUUGUAAUGAGCCUCAGACAGAAAGACUGGGACGAGAGAGCUGCUCACGAGUCACAAGGGAAAGCCAACGAGUACCAGAAUAACCAUCCUCGGGGACCCAGGCCUCGCGCCUCCGCCGCGCCAUCCCCGAGGAUGCAGAAUAACAUCGUUACCUGCGGACCACUGACUGAGAUUGCAUUGCAUUGUGGGACAUGUAGGCUGCUUUAGCCUCUCCUUUGGCGAACGUCAGCAAAAUAAGAGAAGAAAUAUGUCCGUGUGUUGCGCGCGUUAGGUUAACACCACAGGUAACCCAAGCUCACUGUGUGUAUGAAUAAAUUAUAGUGGUUCCCGUUACGUUGUGUGUCUCAUGGUUUACAGUAAACAUAUGGGAUUGAAAUAAGCUGUUUACUAUACUACGAAAUAAAAUCCUAAAACUCUAAAUAAAUAUAUAUAUAUAUAUUAUAUAUAUAUAUAUAUUCUGACCUGACAGUGGGUGAAGUUUCAAGCCAUUUGGGCCGGUAUUUCGGGAGUUACGUUGUUCUGUAUACAAGGGGAAACAGUUAGGCCAUCGUUUGUUUACGCAUAAGAUAGUAGCUCUGCCCGCCACAGGGGAUGGACGGCAUGCCACAUUUGGGGCACACCUUUGAGUCAUCGCAAGUUACGAAAUGCGCAUGCGUUUUUCCCCAACGUUUGUGCGUGGGCUUGCUGUGUCUAUUUUGAUAAGUAUUGCAAUUUUAGGCAAAAAAGUAAAAAUAUCACUAGAAAAAAAAACACAAAGGAAUUUCCAAAAUCAAUUGAGUUCGAACGUGACAUUCACCAGGCGUACACACGUGCACCACAGGGCACCCAGUAUCGCCUGGGGCACUUCCGGUGUCUACUGAUAAGGUCGGUUCGCUUCAUAGCGGAAGUGUAGGAAGGAUGCGAUGGAAUGAUAGUCAUGUCUAUUGAGUCUCAAAUAAUGAUAAUCAACCACUACUUUGUCGUUGUUUGAAUGUGGAAAUACGACAGUCUAUUUG